AUGACCACCAAGACCUCCAUCUUCCUCACCGGCGCGACUGGGUAUAUCGGUGGAGCUGUGUUGACACGUCUCCUCACCCAUCCCAGGGCCCCGAACUUUGAUAUCACGGCUUUGGUACGCAGCGAGACGAAAGGCAAAGUUUUGCAGGAGAAGUUCGGUGUAAGGCCGCUUGUUGGCAGUCUACAAGAUGCUGAUAAGAUCACUGCCGCUUCCGAGAAUGCCAACGUCGUCAUUAAUACGGCGGACUGCGACGAUCUUCCUUCCGCGGAAGCCAUCUUGGCCGGAAUGAAAGCACGUCACGACAAGACCGGCGAGGUGCCCGUCUUGAUACACACUUCUGGCACUGCCAUGCUCAUCGACGACGCCAGGGGUGCAUACCGCAGCGAGACCAUCUACGAUGACAUGAAUCUAGAACAGGUCAAAUCUAUCCCCCCUUCGGCCCUCCACCGCCAUGUAGACAUCCCGAUCGUCGACGCUGACGUUGCCGGAUACGUCCGCGCGUACAUCGUCGCGCCGAGCAUGAUCUAUGGUGCUGCGAAGAACGCGCUCGUGGAUGCCGGGGUCGCAAACCCGUUCAGCAUCGCCGUUCCAGGCAUGGUCCGCGUCGCCAUCAAGCGCGGUCGCCCCAUGGUGAUCGGCGAGGGAAAGAGCGGCUGGCCCAUCGUACACAUUAACGACACUGCCGAAUUCUACAUUCAACUCUUCGACGCCAUCUCCGCACGACCUGACACCGUCGGGCACGGCGAAGAGGGUCUUUACUUCCUCGAGAACGGAGAAUCGCCGUGGUCCGCCGUGGCGCGGUCCAUUGGGCGCGCGAUGGUAGCCACCGGCGUCGUGUCCGGGCCCGAGCCGGAGCCAGAGUCGCUCACCACUUCGGAGCAGAUGGCCGAGGUGUGUGGCAGUGAGUUUAGGGGCCGGAUUCUCGGCUCCAACUGCCGAUGCAAGGCGAGGCGGGCUCGGGCUCAAGUUGGGUGGAAGCCUAAGUUCGAGGUGGAUGACUUCAAUGCGAGCACCGAGGAAGAUUUCCGGAAGGUAUUCGAGGCGGAGAAGAAGUAG